GUAGAUUGGGAGUUCAGAGAUCACUUUGAAACAACCCAGAAUUAAUUUCUACAUCUGGCUACUGGCUUCUCGGGAGAGCAGGCUCUGGAUGGAGAGAGAAUGUUCAGGAUGCCCAGCUGCCUCGUAAAGCUGACCAGGGUGGUGCUGAGCCACAAGCCCUGGGCCGUGUUUACCCUCAUCUUUGUGUUAGUAUCCUUUGCCUACAUCGAGUUGUAUUUGGGCAUCUGGGAAGACUCAGAGAACAGAUUCCCCACCUAUGACUUGUCUGCUGAGAUCAACUGUGCUCACUAUGUGCCUUCUCCCCUCAGCACUGUUGGUGGACCCUCUCCUUCUGCAGGAAAUGUGUUUUUUGUGGAGACUUCACAGAAAACUGCCCCAAGUUACCUGUUCUCAUGCUCUGUGGAGUCAGCAGCCAGGACACAUCCUGCAUCAAGAGUUGUGGUGCUCAUGAGAGGGUUGGACAAAAAAAAUACCUCUUUACCCAAGCACUGGGCUUUCUCCUUGCUGAGCUGCUUCCCCAACGUGGAAAUCCGACCCCUGGACUUGACAGAGCUCUUUUCUGGGACACCUCUGAAACGGUGGUAUAUGUGGCCUCUGCGGCACUGGGAACCUUAUUUUUUACCCGUCGUCUCUGACGCCUGCAGGAUUGUCCUCAUGUGGAAAUUUGGUGGCAUCUACCUGGAUACAGAUGUCAUUGUGCUUAAGAACUUACAGAACCUCACCAAUGCCCUCGGGAUUCAGGAUCAUGAUGUACUGAAUGGGGCCUUUCUGUCCUUUAAACCCAAACACAAGUUCAUGGAGCUUUGCAUACAGGAUUUUGUGGAGGACUACAAUGGCUGGAUCUGGGGACACCAAGGCCCAGAGCUCCUAAGUCGUGUCUUCAAGAAGUGGUGCUCCAUCCGGACUAUCAGGAGCACACACUGCAAAGGUGUGAGGGCUCUUCCUCCAGAAGCUGUUUAUCCUGUUCCCUGGCAGGACUGGAAGAAGUUGUUUAAGGCAGUCAGUGCCUCAGAGUUUCACAAACUCCUUAAGAACACCUAUGCUGUGCACAUAUGGAACAAGCUGAGUCAUGGGACCAAGUUAAAGAUCCCCUCCCAGGCUCUGCUGGCUCAGCUCUAUUCCCAAUUCUGCCCUGCCACCUAUGCAAAGAUGAAACGGGACUCUGAACAGUUGUCAAGGCGUGCAGUGUGACCUGUGGGCCCUUGGCUGCAGGGAUGUUCCCCAGACUGAAAGAAAACCAAGUGCCU